GGGUGCGAGCAAGGGAAGGCCAGCGCCUGCCCGGGGUCGCGCUGCUCAUGGGCGGAGCCCAGAAAACGGGACCAGGAUGCACGUGUCCUGAGCCUUCCCGGACCAGGAGACGAGACUGGGACGCGCGGAAGCCCCUCAAGCGGCCCGGGACCCAGGCUCCCCGGAGGCUGACACCGGCGGGGCUCCUGCCGGGAGCCCCUUUCUACCCUUGCGGGAGCCCGGCUCCCUACAGGCCUUCACAGGGCUCGCUCCCGCAGGGCCUCCAAGCCGCGUUCCCCCGCAUAGCUCCCCGACGCGGGCCAGCUACCGGGACUCCCCGCCGCCUCCCCAGCCUGCUUCCGCGUCCCCGAAAGGCUGACCCCUAGGGGGGUAACUCAGUGUUUGCAGAAAGGAGAGAUCCUCCUUGAUCCACGCUUAACCACCCAAAGGCAGGCUCUUGAAGCGCCGCCUAGUGGUCGAUACGGAGCCCACAGACUUGGGGCUCUCAGGGACGCGGCGCCCGGCACACCCCCGCCUCCUACGCAGACCAGGGGAGUCGCUCUCAGGGCGGCCGCCAGGUGGCGUCCGCAUUGUCUCCACAACGUCCUAGGCUGGAAGCCCGGUACCCCCGCCGCCGCCCACUGCCCUUUCUCCAGCCCUGCCCCGCUUAGCCAACUCCUCUUCCCAGCACCUGCUCACACAGAACGUGUGUUCGGUCCCCACCUGGGGCCCGUCCCGCGCCCCGCCCCCGCCCCGCGGCCUCCCCCGCCUCCCCUCCCGCCCCCUUCCGGACAGUCCCAGGAACAGCUUCCCGCCCCCGCGUCCGCACUCCGGUGUCCAGCGGGCCCCCCAGACCGCGCUCAGGGCUCUUGCAGGCCAGAUUCCCCGAGUGGAGGGGGUGGGGCUGGCCGGCUUGGCAGCCCCUUCCAGCUGCCACCGCGUUUGCCAGCCCUCACGAUGCCAGCCGCACACCUGGUACCCGGCCCCGGGGAGCCGCCUGAUUCUCUGCCUGUCUCGCUACACGAAGCUACCAGGCAAUUUGGAGGGAGGGGGAGGGGAAAGGGGAAAGACAGGGGCUGUAUAUACUAGCCCUUGAGGCGCAGCCCUGACUCCCCUUCAACAUCCGGGGCUCCCUCCUCCCCCACCCACAAACACACACACACGCACUCCGUCUGGGUCCGAGGAAGUACUUCUGAGCGGAGACGGCGAAGCUCUCUAUUCUAUUCACUGCCCCAAACCAGAGAAGGCGAAGGACAAGAAAGAGGCAGAAAGAGGAAGGAGAGAAGGUGAGAAAGGAGGAACAACUAAGACUGGAGCCCGAGCCAAAGAGGAACACCCUGGGAUAGAGCUCCGGAUGGCGGAGAGCCUCAGGAACCCGGGUUUACUUGGAGAAAGCCAUUUCAGAGAGACUGGAGACUUUUCCUGAUGGGUGGGCGGAUGGAGGCAGGGGAAUGGACGGGAUGACUUCCAUCCUCUAGAGACUGCCCCUAGUGGCCACCGGGAGCCUUACUGCCCCCCACGAACCCCUGGGGGAGGCAGCUGGGCGCCGGACGCCCCAUGUGACCUGGGCUCUGGGGUCGGCCCGACCAGCCCAACCUGGGCCGCACCCUCCAGCGCAGGCACAGACCUGUGUGCUCCCAGUCCCUGCCUCUGCCCAGCCUGGGUCCUCUCCAUUUCCUGCCGCGGCCGGCCCCCUAGAGUAGGCAGACAGGCCGGUCUCGGGCGUCCGUCUCUGUCUGUCGCCGUCUCGGGCUCGGUCAUACCUCAGCCUCAGUGCGUAGCAACAGCUGACAGCUGGCGACACCGCGGGCAGAGAAGAGAAAGGCUGGGUCGGGGGAGGGGAGACAGCCGGGGGCAGAGAUACAGACAGGGACAGUCAGGCGCUUGACGAGCAGCAGAAGUGGAGGAGAGGCUGAGACCGCACUCCGAGGGGAGGUUAGGUUUGAGGGAGGCUUUCCCAAACAAUUGGGGAGAUCUGGUAUGAGAAGCGGCACUUGAAGAUCUGGGGGGGGGUUUCUCCUGCACUGUCAGAAGGGGGGGGUCCAGGAAGCUGGAAACUGGGAGAACCGAGUAGGAAUUUGGGGCUCUAGAGGUCCUUAUGGAGUGGAAUCAGGAAUCCCAGCUAAUUAUGCCCUGGGGUCCUGCAACCUGGGACCGGGCUCUUGGAAAGGGAAGGAACCAGGGGAUUGAGAAGGGCCUGCGUCGGAGGAAGUAAUGGGACAGGCUCUGGCACCUGCCCGGGCUGGUGGGAGGGGGGCCUCAGGCGACGGUGGCGGCUAUGUCGCUGACGGGGAUGGAUGAGGGCCCGGUGGCUCAUUCGGCCAGGAGAUGAGAAUCAUUGAUCACGGGCGGAAACCCCGUCACGUUUGUCAAUAGGACUGACAAACGGCUCGGGCAGGGUCAGACACCCCCCCCCCCAGUUCUGCCCCCGAGGACUAGGCCUAUCCUCCUUCUCCAGACGUCUCCCUUCCCCCAUCUAGUCCUCCAGCCUUCACCCCUCCAAAGUCCCUCACUCUCUCUCGGCUCCACUCCACCAGCCACACGCACCCCUUUAAAAGGCUUUUGCCCACCCACCCCUCCCAGUGCCUCCGCUCGUGUCCUGACUCCUUGCCCUAGAUCCCAUCCUAACCCUGCCACUCCUCUGGCCCCAGUUCAGCUCCAAGCUCUUUCUCUGAGGACACUUCCAAUCACUUCGCGCUCCCCAUUUUAAAACUGGCUAAUCUCAAUCUGGACCCCUCCCUCCUAAAGUGCCUAGAACGACCGCCACCUCCCGGAUCCUUGCCCCUAGCCCAUCUAAGGCACCUGAUGGGAGCCCUUAAUGCCCGUCUUCUGUUUUCCUAAAGCCCGCCUCCCCCGCGAUAAGACACAACUCCCUCCAGAAGCUCCGUGGACACCCCUUUGCCAAGCACAAAAAGCCCCGGUCCUUCUGCAAGCCUGCUGUUUCAGUGUGCUCAGAAUCAGUCCCAUAACCCCAACUCUCGCGGCUAGGCGCCCUAGACUUCGCUCCUUCCUUCCUUCAAGAAAAGGAGAUAUCAAGGGGCGACAGCUCCUACCCUAGCUGCUAGGGCCCGAGACAGGGGGGCGUGGUCCUAUUGGGAGGGGGCGUGGUCCUCGCGAGUGGCCUUGGGGCGUGGUUUCCAGACAGAGGAGGGGUGAAAGUCACCUUCUCUCGUCACCCCCCCUCCCCGCGUUCUGCGGGGAGGGGGAGGUGGGGUGUGGAGGGCGCGGCCCGGGAUUGGUGGGACCCAGAGUCCCGCCCCCCCCGCCCGGGUGCCAGACUGAACUUUCUCCCCCCGCCCUCUCCACCCCCCCCCUUCGUUCUCCCCCCAAUCUCUUUCCUUCUCUCUCCUGCGCUCAGUUCCCCAGGUCCAUCGCUCAGCUCCUCUCCUCUUUUCCUCUCCUUCCCUGUCUUCCUUCGUCCCUAGUCCCCGGCGCCCACACCUGGGGACUAUCCCCCUGUGGUGCCUGCCUACCUCUCCCCAGCCCUUGCUCCCCACCCCUGAGCCCCGGGAAGAUGCGGCUGUUCCCUGGAUGGCUGGCCCUGCUCCUCAGUCCCUGGUUCCUGCGGAAGGCCUCCAGCGCACAACUGCCGGUGUCCCGGACCCCGCGUUACCUGGAGCUGCGUCCUGCUGGAGCUGGGACAAGCUCCUCAGGCCGCCUCUUUCCGGCCCCGCGUUCCUCUGAAGGCUACGGCGCUGCCGACACCUGGAACUGGGCCUGGCCAACUAAUUAUACCGGGGCCGGGGCUGGGGGACCCGGAGGGGCCGGGGCAGGCUUAGCACCCCCCGCACAACGCACCAAGAGGAAGCCUUCAGUCAAAGCAUCCCGAGCGAAGAAGAUCUUCGGUUGGGGGGACUUCUAUUUCCGGGUGCACACCCUCAAGUUCUCUCUGCUAGUGACUGGCAAGAUAGUGGACCACGUCAACGGCACUUUCAGCGUUUACUUCCGGCACAAUUCCUCCAGCCUGGGCAACCUAAGCGUCAGUAUAGUGCCACCGUCAAAGCUUGUGGAGUUUGGGGGGGUCCUGCUCACCGGGCCGUCACCGCACCCUCUGCAGUCCACUCUGGCCCUGGAGGGAGCGGCCCUCCCUGGGCUGGGGUCUCCCCUGGGGGUGCCUUCGGGGGGGUCACUAGGGAUGCCGUCGGGGGGAGCCCUGGGAGGGGCCCUCGGGUCUGGGGUCCUGGGGAGCCCAGUCCCGGGCCAGGGUCGGGCCUUCAAUUGCCACUGGGUGAAGACGAAUCAGCGGAAGCCCGCCCCUUGCCUGUACGACCCAUCGCAAGUGUGCUUCACGGAGCACACCCAGAGCCAGGCCGCGUGGCUCUGCGCCAAGCCCUUCAAAGUCAUCUGCAUCUUCGUCUCCUUCCUCAGCUUUGACUACAAACUGGUAGAAGGGGCCCGGCCCAACUUAAGCGGCACCCCCGGAUAA